GAUGCUCAGAGGACUCUGCCUUGAGAUCAAGAUGCUGUUGGCUUUGUUCUUCAUCUUUUUUGAGAUGCACAUGUCUGUUUCCCAGAACACAGUCCCUACAGAUAUUGUCGUCUUAGUUGACAGCUCUGACACUAUGGAACCUUCAUCUCUCCCCUAUGUGAAAAAAUUUCUGAUCCGUAUGAUUGACAGCCUACCAAUAGGGCCUAACCAAUAUCGGCUGGCACUUGCUCAGUACAGUGAUGAAUUGUCCACUGAAUUUAUGCUGGACACUUACAGAAGAAAGGGUCCUAUGGUGAAUCACAUCAGGAAUUACUUUACACUUAAGGGUGGGGGUUCAGUGCAAAUUGGAGAUGCCCUCGAUGAGGCUUAUGAAACCUUUUUCCAAAAGUCAGCAGAUGAAAAAAAAAAGCAAAACAUCAUUGUGAUUUUAACAUCAGCACCCUCAGAAGAUGAUGUUGGAGAAACUGCCAGAAGCUUGCAGAGUCUUGGAGUAAAGAUAAUAGCGAUAGGGACAAAAGAAGCUUCAUAUAAUGACCUUUUUGAGAUGGCCACCCCACCAUUUCAUUACAAAAAUCCAGUGAUAGAGGAGCUGCCUAAAUUCUCAAAAUAUAUGCCACAGAUCAUAGAUGAUAUCAUCCAAGUAAACAUCAGCGACUUAAUGGAAAUAAGUACACUUGAUUUCAGUGAUAUAGCCGUGCAAGAAGAUACUACAGAUAUUGUCCUGUUGAUUCCUGGCCAACAGGACACAGAAAAUUAUGCAUUUCCUUACUUGAAAGACUUUAUUAGCAAAUUGAUAUACAAUCUGCCACUAGAAUCUAACCAAUACCGUAUUGCACUUGUCCAGUACAAUGAUGAUGUUCAUGAAGAGUUUGGACUGGACACAUACAAAUCAAAGGAGCUAAUGUUGAUGCAUGUGCAAGAAAUGCAAACAGUGCAAGAUGGGCCACUAAACACUGGCAAUGCCCUCCAUUACGUUUAUGAAAGGUAUUUCCAAGUUAAUGGAAGUAUUUCAGUUAAUGGAGGAGAUAGAAAUCGGGUUUUAGUGGUCCUGUCUUCUUCACCUUCUGAAGAUGAUGUGGAAGAGCCAGUGAAGAUGUUACAAGACAAUGGAGUGAAAGUGAUAGCCCUUGGGAUAUAUGAAGCUGCGAUACAACAACUGAACUUGAUGGCUACGCAGUCAUUCUCUUAUUUUUUUCCUAAGGAAUGGGACCUCCCUAUGUUUUCUACAAAUGUCUCCAAUAUUAUUGCAGAGUUCCAAAUGGAGAGCAUUAAAGAAGCAGAAGUAUGUGAUGGAGACUUGGUUGCUGACAUUGUGUUUACAGUUGAUCAUGGUACUCCAAAGUCAAACUUCGAAGAACUAAAAAAAUUCCUGCAAAACCUAACAUCCUCAUUUGAUGUGAAGGAGGACUGCAUAAGAAUUGGCCUGGUGAUGUACACUGAGGGACAAGAAGUGGUGUCUCAUCUGAACACAGACACAAACAAAGCUGAAAUUCUGCAGAUAAUACAAGACCUUUCUGUUGGGUCAGGAAAAGCCAACACUGGUGCAGCUAUUAAUGCCACAAGGCUAAAACUCUUUACUGAAAGUGCUGGGAGCAGAAAGAAGCAAGGAGUAGAGCAAAUAGCUGUUCUGGUUACCCACAGACACUCUCAAGACAACGUGAGUGAUGUUGCUACUCAUCUGCGGAGAAGUGGUGUGACAGUGUUUGCCAUAGGUGUUAAAGAUGCUUCCAGUGCACAGCUGGUCCAAAUAGCUUCUUAUCCUCAAGAGCAGUAUGUUACCAUUCUCGAGGAGUUUUCUGACCUGCAAAGGCAAAAUACAGUUUUUCGAAAGAAGCUAUUGAAUCAGAUACAAAAUAAACUCUAUGUCCAGUCUGAAAGAAGCAUGAUUCUCAAAACAGGAUGCCAGGACACAGAAGCAGCUGACAUUUAUUUUCUUGUUGAUGGUUCAUCAAGUCUUGACUACCUGGAUUUUAUGGAUAUGAAGAAUUUUUUGAAGGAAAUGAUUAAGCUGUUUGACAUAGGAAUGAGUAAAGUUCGACUUGGAGUCGUGCAGUUCUCACAUUUUAAUGAACUGGAGUUUGAACUUGAUAAAUAUACUUCAGCAAGUGAUUUGAUAAAAGGGAUUGAAAAUAUUCGGCAAAUAUAUGGAAAUACCAACACAGGGGGAGCUCUAGCUUACAUGAAGCCAUUGUUUGAAAAGGCCAGGAGGCAGCGAGGAGUUACAGUGCCUUGCCAUCUAAUUGUUCUUACAGACGGAGAGUCACACGACAGUGUGAAGGAACCAGCCAUGAAACUUAGGGAAGACCAGAUUAACAUUUAUGCCGUUGGUGUGAGGGAAGCUAAUGUAACUCAGCUUUAUGAGAUUGCAGGAGUGAAAAAGAGAGUGUACUUUGUACAUGAAUUUGACUUGCUGAAUGAUAUAAAAAACGAAGUUACCAGAGAGAUCUGUACCACAGAAGUCUGCAAAGAAAUGAAAGGCGAUAUCAUGUUUCUAGUGGACAGUUCUGGAAGUAUUGGAGAUGAGAAUUUUCUGAAAAUGAAAAACUUCAUGAGAGAGCUGGUGAACAGAACAGAUGUUGGUGCAGACAGAGUGCAGAUUGGUGUUGUUCAGUUCAGCCAUGAACCAAAAGAAGAGUUCAAGCUCAACACCUACAUCACCAAAAGCGAUAUCUUCAGUGCUAUCGACAGGAUAUCUCCUCUUCAAUACACCACACUAACAGGAGAAGCACUGAAGUUCAUGCUUAAAUACUUUCAAACCAGUAGUGGUUCACGUCAUGCAGUUAAAAAAGUUCUCAUCCUAAUCACAGAUGGGGAAUCACAAGAUGAUGUUAAAGGCCCUGCCACAGUGCUCCGAGAUAAAGGCAUUAUUAUUUACUCUGUUGGAGUUUUUAACGCAAACAAAACUCAGCUUGAAGAGAUUAGUGGGAAGCGUGAUAUGGUAUUCUAUGUUGAAAAUUUUGAUAUUCUAAGCCAGAUAAUAAGCAACCUCAUUUUUGACAUUUGCAGUAGAACUCCUGAUGAUAAAUGCAGAAGAGUGGAACGUUUAGAUAUUGUGUUUGUUAUGGACAGCUCUGGAAGCAUAAGCUCCUCACAGUACCAGGCCAUGAAAGACUUCAUGAUUGCCCUGGUGAAACAGUCUAAUGUCGGCCCAGAUGGAGUUCAGUUUGGAGCACUAAAAUAUUCUGAUAAACCUGUUGUGCUCUUCUACCUCAAUAAAUAUACUACAAAACUGGAGAUUACUGAGGCGAUCCAGAAGGAUGACCCUAUAGGACAAACAACUUAUACAGCAGAGGCACUGGUCCAUUCUGAAAUGUUCUUCACUGAAGAACAUGGUAGCCGAAAGAACAAAGGUGUUCCCCAAGUGCUAAUAGUGAUAACUGAUGGGGAAUCCCAUGAUAAAGACAAGCUGGAUACUGUGUCCCAGAGUUUAAGGAACAAAGGAAUUACCAUCUAUGCAGUUGGAGUAGAAGGAGCAAAGAGAAAUGAGCUUCUGACAAUGGCUGGAUCAGAGGACAAAUGUUUCUAUGUGGAUACCUUUGAAGGACUUGAGAACUUAACUGCAAAUAUAACAAAUGAUAUAUGUGAUAUUUCAGAACCAGCCUGUCCAGCAAAAGCAGAUGUUUUUUUCCUAAUGGACGGUUCCAAAAACAUAGAUGAAGAAAACUUCAGGAUAAUGAUGGACUUUGUGAGAAGUGUAAUCAAUCCAGCUGUUAAUGUUCAACAUACCAAAAUUGGCUUAGCACUGUAUGGUCGUGUCUAUAAAGAAGAGUUCCAACUAGGCAUUUUUCUGAACAAAUCAGAACUAGAAUUGAAAAUUAAAAGCAUCAAACAAAUUGAAGGACACCAAAGUGAUAUUGCAAAUGCACUUGAGAAAGUGAAAGUCAACUUUCAACCAGAAAAGGGUAGCAGAAUACAUGAAAAUAUCCAACAGAUUUUGCUGGUAAUCAGUGCUGGGCGAACAACCAGUAGAGCUGCAAGAGCAGCAGAAGACCUGAGGAAGAAAGGUGUUGAUAUAUAUGCCAUAGGUGUGGGAAAUGUCGAUCAGUCCCAACUAACACAGAUAACUGGAUCAUCAAGUAGGAAAUAUGCUGUUGAUGAUUUUUCGAACUUGAAGACCAUAAAAAAAAGACUGGUGGAUGUUAUUUGUGAGGAUAGUAAUAGAAAAGUUGCUUGUUUCGUGGACAUCACUGUGGGAUUUGACAUCUCGUCACAAAGGGAAGGCCACCACUUAUUUUAUGGACAGACCAAACUGGAAAAUCAUUUCCCUGACAUUUUGCAAGCCCUCCUGUCUCUAAGAGAUGUGAGCUGCAAUGUUGGGUUCAAGGCACAGAGCAGUGUGGCUGUUCACGUGAAGAAUACUGUUACUCCAAUAUCUGCAAAGUUCUACAUUGACAAGGAAUCUGUCCUGCGUAACCUCUCUAAUGCUGUGAUCAAGAGACCAUCCCGACUUAAUGUUGAUUUCUUGCAGUCACUCUGGGAAACAUUUCAGAAUGAGGAUAAGACCCGACAAAAGGUAUUACUUGUGUUCUCAGAUGGCGUGGACGAUGACUUAGAAGCACUCGAACAAAAAUCUGAAGAACUUAAAAAGAAAGGUUUGGAUGGUCUUAUAACUGUUGUUCUGGAAGGAGCCUCCAAUUUUCAGAACCUCCAAUCCAUUGAGUUUGGAAAAGGAUUUGAUUAUGGAACUCACUUAGAUAUUGGCAUGACAGAUGUCGCUAGCAGGCUAUCCAAGUUCUUGAACAAUAUUGCUGAGAGAACCUGCUGCUGUUUGUCUUGCAAAUGUACUGGGGACGAAGGUGAAAUCGGAGACAGGGGAAAGCGAGGCAUAAAGGGACCUAAUGGUGUUAAAGGCAACCCAGGAUAUCCUGGAGAUGAAGGAGAACCGGGCCCAAGAGGACCACCUGGACUGCAAGGAAGACAAGGCAACGUUGGGUGUCCAGGCAAAAGAGGUUUAAAGGGGUUUCAAGGAUUUGUUGGAAAAAAGGGUGACAAUGGAGAAGAUGGGAUUGAUGGAAUUAGAGGAGAAGUAGGACUUCCUGGGGUUCCUGGAAAGAAAGGAGAAAAGGGUGACACUGGAUAUCCGGGAAGUCCAGGGCCAAGAGGACCCCCAGGUGAUCGUGGCCAGAAGGGCUUUCAAGGAGAUCCUGGUAGCCCUGGAUUGAACAGUGCAAUAGCAGGAGCAAAAGGGUUUGCAGGAGAAAGGGGGCAAGAGGGUGAGAGAGGAGAAAAAGGCUCACGUGGCUCAUCAGGAGGUAUCGGCAACCCGGGAAUACCAGGACAAAGGGGACAACGGGGACCAGAGGGCAAUCGUGGACAGCCUGGUCAGAAUGGCUUGGAAGGAAAACAAGGAUACAAAGGACCUCAGGGGCAAAAAGGCAUUAAUGGUCAAAAAGGGCAGAAAGGAAGAUCAGGACCUAAGGGUCCUUCAAAUGAACCAGGAGCUGUGGGUCUGGCAGGGGCUCCUGGAGCUCCUGGGAAAACAGGAAUUAAAGGACAACCUGGUGAGCCAGGACCGAAAGGAGAAAGAGGUCCAUAUGGUUUGCGGGGAAGGCAGGGAGAAGAUGGUGCUUUUGGGUACGGCCCACCUGGAGAAAAAGGAGUAAAGGGAAAUAAAGGAUUUCCUGGAGAUCUUGGACAGAAGGGUGAAGCUGGGGACAAGGGAAUUACAGGGGAAAAUGGACUAAAAGGAUAUAGAGGCAGAAUGGGUGUUCCAGGACCUGCUGGUCUGAAAGGCAGCCCAGGAGACCGGGGAUUUCCAGGACGCAGGGGGAGUAAAGGACCAAAUGGACAAGCUUUAUUUUCUCCAUGUGAACUCAUUGACUAUGUCCGCAAACACAGCUGUAAGCAUCAGUCUUGUUUCGAUAUAGUAAGCCUGAGUAUCACCACUUUAUUUCUUCCCUGUCUUAUUAAUAUCAUAUUAAUUCUGUGUCCAGCAUGUCUGUGGAUUUAUGGUCUUAGCAGGCAGGUGCUUGAAAAAUGAAGUUAGGGCUCAGAAUGCAAUUUGUUGUUUAGAAUAGUUUAUUUUGCCAAAGUUACUGGAGUAUAAUUUCUUAGAAAUGUUAAGUGUCUUGGUAUCCAGUGGUUCCAGUUACCAUGAAUUAAGUUUGCAUUAUUUUUUCCUAGUCGAUCUAUCCUGAUUCCUUAGAAAGUGACUAUGCCAAAUAGUGUGAGUUUCUACAGCUGAUGGUAUAUUUGUAUGUAUAAACUCUGGUGGAAACCCCUCAAUGACAAUGUUUGGUCUAGAGCAGAGCCAGGUCCUGCUUGUCUUUUUACUCCAUUCUCCAAUAAAACCAAAGGAGUUUGGCAAGCAUACAUAGCAGCGGAAGACAAUAAUGCGUGCAUAAAAUCUAUAGAACUGGGGAAACUAAAUUCAGUGUGUGUUCCACCAAUUAUUUCAGCUUAAAAAAAAAACACAAAAAAAACAAAAAAACACACACCAACACCAAAACAAACAAACAAACAAAAAACCCAAACCCCCACACACACAUAAAACUUCUUCAGAUGCAAAAUUUUUCAAUUAAUCUUUCUUUUUCUCUUUCUUUAGGUUCAUGGGAUGGUGAGUAUUACUUAUUCCUAUGUUACUGUUACUAGACAGGCAGAAUGGUUGAGUUCAUUUGUCAAACUAAUCUAGCAGAGAUCUCAUAAGCUCUGAACUGUUUUGUCUUUGUAGUAUUAGGCUGCACUCAACCAAACAUUCUGAGUUGUGUGUUCCUUCAUGGGGAUUAAAUCCUAUAUCAAGAGUUAGGUGUUUACUGAACUGGAGCUUUAGUUUGUUAAUCCAUGUGUAGGAUGGGAUAUAGCCCCUUUUAAUUUAGCUAUCUAAAAUGCAAGUGUUUAGUCACCAUAUGCUUCCUCUGCAGUUUGUCUCGCUCCACUAAUGACUCAGUGACACUGAACACGUCAAUAUUCAUAGCUGUGGUAGGUGUUCUUAAUUAAAACCAUCAGACAUUAUUUGGCCAUCACU